UGAGAGAGAGAGAGAGAGAGAGAGAGAGAGAGAGAGAGAGAGAGAGAGAGAGAGAGAGAGAGAUAUUUAACCAAGGAAAUGAAAGGCUAGUACAAUAGAUAGGCCAAAGUGGAUGGGGGACACCACCCAGGACAAAGAACUACAAACAGCUAAGGAAUGUUGAGUAGGAGAAAUAGAAUUCCCUGGGGGUAAAGCAUACUAACUGGUUAUCCAACAUCAGAUAACCAGUUCUGAAAACAUACAAGUAACGUUAUACAGACUGAGCAGGUUAUAUUUGGAAAUGUGUACAUAUGCAUGUACGUGCAUGUAAUAACAAUUAAUGAAAGAGAAAGAGUCCACAAAUUUGAAAGAGGGUAAGGAUGUUUGGGAGGGUUUGAAGGGAGGAAAAAGAUGUGAGAAACAAUAUCAUUAUAUUCUCAAAAUAUAAAAGAAGUAAUUAAAAAACAAACAAACAAACAAAAAAGGGAAACCAGGAGUGGGCUGGGAGUCAGUCCUUUACAAACUCUACUUUCAAAGGGGAUAACCUAAGCUCUGUAGGUGUAAAUUUUUAAGUUAAAUUUUUAUUUUUUUAUAUAUGGGUGAUCUGCCUGCAUGUUUGUACGUGUACCACAUACCUGCAGCCUCAGCGGAAGCUAGAAGAGGGCGUCAGAUCCCCUGGAACUGAAAUUACCGGUGGUUGUUAGAUGCCAUGUGGGUGCUGGGAUCCGAACCUGGGUUCUCUGCAAGAGCGGCAAGAACCGCUAGCUCCUUCAUUAGAACUGAGGUAACCGUAGAAAUGUAGACAAUUGCUUAAAAAAAAAAAGAAAGAAAGAAAGAAAGAAAGAAAGAAAGAAAGAAAGAAAGAAAGAAAGAAAGAGAGGGGGAGGGGCGGGGGGGGGAGAGAGGUGUACCUUUCCCCAGAUUCUUCCAUUUAGCAAAAUGUUAACACUGUUAGUCACCUGACAGUCAAUAUUCAUCAUGCCAGCAGAGACUCCCUAAGUGCUUCCCUUUGCUACCACAGCCACUCUCGACUAUUUUUUUUAACCCUGACGGGAUUUAUUCAGUGACUACAACAUAAGAUCAGGAGCACAGCUGUGCCGCCUACUCCGGGAUUUCCGCAAGGCCUUGGACAUCACCCUUCCGCGUGGCCGACCAACCGCAGCCUGAGGAUCUAGCUACUUCCGCUUGCGGGCGCCCGAACCCGGAAGUGUCAGUCCCGUUUCCACCGGCACCCGGUCCGAAAUGGCGGGUCUCCACCGCCAACUGCAGGACUACCUGAUGCAGGGUAAAGCGAACAGGCCGGCAGCCGCCGAGCCGCUGCUCGCCGCGAGGACGGCCGAAGAGCCUGAGGCCGGGGACGGAGCCGCCGCGGCGUGGUUAGGCCGCACGGCUCUGCGAUGGCCGUGGCCGCGGAGCUCCGCCGAGCCGCCGCCCGCGGGCUCGCAGUGCAUGCCAAAAGUGACGCGCGGGCAGCGCCUGGCGGCGGGCGGCCUGGGCCUGCUGCUGGCCGCGCUCUGCUUCGGCCUGGCGGCGCUGUAUGCGCCGGUGCUGCUGCUGCGCGCGCGAAAGUUCGCGCUGCUCUGGUCGCUGGGCUCGGUGCUGGCGCUGGCGAGCGCGGCGCUGCUGCGGGGCGGCCCGGCCUGCGGGCGCCUGCUGCGGGGCGAGGAGACGCCGUCGCGAACCGCGCUGGCCUAUGCCGCGGCCUUGGGCGCCACGCUCUACGCCGCGCUGGUCCUGCGCAGUACGGUGCUGACGGCGCUCGGCGCGUGCGCGCAGGUAGCUGCGCUGCUCUACGCGCUGCUGGGGCUCCUGCCCUGGGGCGGCGUGACGGCGCUGCGCCUAGCGCUUGGCCGCCUGAAUCGUGGAGCGAGCCUCACCAACGUUCUCCCGGUGUGACCGUCCGUCUUAGGAAGCGGGACCAGCCAGGCAUCGCCACAAUCCACGGCACCCUAGCGUGCGAGGACGAGGCACCCACUGGACUGUGCUCCGGAGUCCGUGAGCUUGGAGCAGCUGCCACCGACUGACGGGCUGGCGGUCUCAGAAGACCCUUCGGCUUCAGCGUUCUGAGGUUCUGGAUGGGCAGCAUGGGCCCCGAAAGACACAGUUCACUAUCCAUGAACUGCUUUCGAACUGGCUUUACAUGGACGACAGUUAAGGGGACGGCUGACUUGGCUGCUUUCGUGGCUUUGGAAGAAUGCACUGGUAUACGCAGUUGAGCAUAGAGGUUCGGUUUUUGUCGCCACUUUUUGAAGCCUCCGUACUCCUAUUCACUGUAAAUCAACCCAGAUUAUCGGAUUAAACACUAAAUUUAGCCACUGGA